AUGAAAUUCUUCGAAAUCAACUCCACCUAUGACUAUUCCUUCCCCGCCGUAUCGCUUGCCUUUUUCCUCCGAUAUCCGAAUCCAUAUUCCAGACAUGUCCUGACUUCUGAUGUCAUUGAUCGCUAUGUCGACCCGGACACCAAACGACUGCACACGACACGCCUCCAUUUGAAAAAAUCCAAGAUCCCAUCUGCGCUGCUGAAGCUACUACCAAAGGGAAUCGGUGGAAGCGAAAGCUCGGGACAGUCUUUUAUUCUCGAGAAGACGGUCGUAGACGUUGGGGAGGGAUGGAUGACGACCGAGUCGCGGAACAUGGAGUGGACUGGCAUCCUCAGUGUUGUCGAAAGGCAACUGUAUCAGCGCGAAAAUGGCGGCACCGGAAACACCAUUGAAACGCCAGCCGAGGGCGAGAAGGUCAAUGUGCGGACAACAGUCACCUUCAAAUCUCGAUUGGGGCAAGGGAAAUUACUCAACCGUGCCCGCAAGGCUGCUGAAGAGAUGUCAUCCAGCUCCGAGUCCGAUGAGGACGCACCGAAGAAAGGAUUUUUCUCCUCACUAUCAACUGCCGGUAUCCAGCGGACCAUAGAGCUCAUCGGAGUCACUCGCACCCGAGACGCCGUUCUCCGCAGCAAAGAAGGCAUGAACAUUGUUCUAGAGAGACUUCGAAACGGCGGCAUCGUUGGCGUUCUCGAGGGCAUGCGCAGAGACCGUGAAGGCAUUCCUGCCACUCUCAUGGGUGGACGUCCCAUGCAGGCUGAGAGUACCAGCACAUGGCGGAACGCUUGGCUACAGGGCACCAACAACAGUCUUAACAAAGGAUACGUGGAAGACGAUGACGACUAA